AUGAAUAAAAUUUUGCAAAGUAUUGAAAAAAUUGAUAUUUUUGGGGUUUCUUUAUCACUACUUACGAACGAAAAUAAAUCAGCUUUUUAAAGUAAAGUAGGUGGAAUAAUCUCAGUGAUUUCUGGUAGCUUAAGUCUUUCUUAUUUUUUAUUUAUAAUAGCAUUAUGGAUUAAUAAUGAAAUACCACCUAACAUUAGUUCAAAAUAAUAAACAAAAGGUUAUGCUGAAUUUUAAUGGACUGAACCAUUAAUUUAACUCACACUCGCUGAUUUUACAUCUGAAAUUGAUCCUUUUCGAAAAGAAAAUAACAUCAUUACUCCAUUUUUAUUUACGUUAAAGAAUUAUAAAAUUUAUGAAGAGCCUAUCCCUUUAUUUAGUGAUGAAUUUUUAUCUUCUUCAUUUGUUAUGAAUAAUGGAACAUUGAUUUUAAAUAAUGCGCAUACAGAAGAUGAACAUUAUCAAACAAUGAAAGAAUAUUUAUUAGUUUUUUCAGCUUGUUAAAAUAGUUCCUUAAAAAAUGGUGGUUAUUGUGCUGAUGAGAAAACAAUAAAUGAAUAUAUGUCUAAUCAUCAUGGAUUUCUAAUUUUAACAAUUAGAUUGAAUUAAUUUAAUUAUGUAAGUUAAAAAUUAGAAAUGUUCGUUAAAUAAUAUUAUUAAGCCUUUGAUCCUAGAAGGUCUUCUUAUUCUUAGGUAAUGUUAAAAUAAUAAGAAACCAUUCUUGAUGAUGGAAUACUUUUUAAGAAUGAAAAAAGUCACCUUUUUCUUAACAAUUAUGAAUUGAUAAAUUAAGAGGUUGAAACAUAAUUUAUGUCAGAUACAAUUGCAUCUAUUUCAGAUGAUAUUUACCAUUUAAAUAUUUCAAAUUCAUAUCUUUUUAGAAUAGAUAAUAUAUCAGUUAUUGAAAAUAUUAGUAUGCCAAAACUUGGAUAGGUUUUAGCUUAAAUUGGUUCAAUUGUUUAACUAAUAUUUUUAUUAAAGUAUGCUGCACUCUAUUAUAAUAAUCAAUUACUUUAAAAUUAACUAUUACAUGAUAUUAUAUCUAUGUAUUAUCCAGAAUUAAAGAACAUUAAAAUUAAUAUCUUUAAUAAAUUUGAAUUUGAUGAAGGAAUUAAUUAAUUUUAAAUUCCCAUUUAAAAUUUGAAAUUAAUUUAUGGGUCAUUAUUAAAACGAGCUAAAGAAAAGUGUAGAUUGAAUAAUAUUAUAUAUGAAAUUUCUAGAAUCUAAUUUAUUCUUGAAUAAUAAUUUGGAUAUCGGAUUUUAUUGGGUAGUCAUUAAUUAGGAAAGAAAUUAUCGAAAAAUUCUAAUGAAUAUGCUAUCGACAAAAUCUCUGAAUCAAAUAGAUUAGUUGUCAAGCCAGCAGAAUAAUUAGAUCAAGACUUAGAAUAAGAGAAUUAUAUGAAUGAACCUUUAGAGAUCCUUAUAAAGCAUAAUUGA